AUGUCAACAGGCGACAAAAGUGCCGGCUCAUUCUUUUUUAUGCUGGAAAAAUUUCUGGAAAAGUUCAAAAAUCGACUUUUUAUAGAUAUUGUCCUCAAGGAUCAUGACAAUAGUCUUGAGGAGAACAUAACACUAAAGCAAGCAUACAGUAUUGCUCAAAUAAGAAAAACUUAUGAUAAAAGAGACAUAAUAUUCGGCACAUUGAGCAUGACUAAACUUUCAGUACCAGUAGAAUGUUUUUCAAUGGAAUACCCAAAUCUAAUUAGAACUGCUUGUAAGUUGUCGCUAGGUCGAGGCGAUGUUAGUUGGUUGCCAUUAUAUGGCGGACCGGUCGCUAAUGCUGCUAAUUACUGUUGUAUAGUGGAUCCACUAAAUGCUAGAUCAUGCUUGGCUGAUAUUAAACUUGAUUUAAAUUAUACGAAAGUUGUUGAGGGUGAACUAAAGGAAAAAGACAAUGUCAAUUUGCUACGCUCUGUUUAUAAAACUUUUGAGGAAAGCGGAAGUAAGAAUCCAGGGUUAAUGACAGCCCGCACUCUGCUUGCGAUGCAUAAUAAUGUACCGGAAAGUGUGGUGGAAGUAAUCGAUGAAAUGGUCAAACCCAACGAUAAAAGAAAAACAUUAAUUAAUACCAACGCCAAGAACUAUCAUGAAGCGUACGGACUUUUGUCAUUUUCAGUAAAUGUAAUCUGUGGUUUCAAUAAUCUUCCUGGGGAAACUAAAUACAUAAUUUUAAUUUCGGUGCCAAUAGGAGAAGAAAUACACACAUUGUUGUUUAUCAGUGAUACGGACGCUUUGGUUAGUGAUAACAUAAUAGUUUUGGAGUCGUUGAUAGUUGAUACUUAUGGUAGAAGAAUGUGGAUGUUAUGUACAUCUGAUGAUUCAAGUACUCGUAAAGUAGCAGUGGGACGAAGAAAUGAGGUUAAAGAGUUAGUAAUCAAUAAUCACAAUUUAGAAGGAACUUUAAAGUUAGAAAAUUUUCCUAAUUUAGAAGAAUUGCACUGCCCUGAUAAUAAAUUAAUCACUCCUGAAAGGCUAGAGAUGCUUAACAUCAGCAGCAAUAACGUUGCUGAAAGUAAUUUAACUCCUUUUAGCAAAUUUACUAAUUUAAAACAUUUAGGUUUAGAAGAAUUAGAUUUAGCAGGUACAGAUGUAGACAGCGGUUGGGAAUACUUGCCAGAAAGCCUGCAAAUAUUUUACCUUUUUGCUAAAGAAAAACCUGAGAGCAAGUCCAGUCUGAUUGGUGAAGAGUUAAAAAAAUAUGGCGAACCAGGCAAAGAUAAAGAUGAGGAUGAUGAUUUUGCUCUUUUGUUAAGAAAAUUUAAGCAAGUUCAAACAUUACAAAAAUUUGAGGAACAAGAAACCGAAAUUAAAUAUUUAGAAUUAAGAAUUCAGGAGUUAACUAAUUUAAUCAAAAACCAAAAACAAAAAAUAAUUAAUGAUUUCUUAAACGUCCUUCCCGAAAAGGGCUUAAUUCAGCAAUUAAUUACUACUUAUUUAGAAUUAAAAAAGACUGAAAAGCAAAAACUUCCUUCUCGAAAACUCGAAAAAGAGUGUAAUAAAUUUAAAGACGAGUUGGAGGACAGAUUAGGAGAAGAAUUUGUCGAGAAAAUGCAGUUUAUUUUAAGUGAUUGUGAAGAAUUAGAAAAAACUCAGCAAAACCAAAUUGCUGAAUUUGAAAAGUUAAAACAAGAAAAUUUAUCACUGCAGUUAGAAGAAUUAGUCAGAAACCAAGGUCGAUUAAUUGCCGAACAAGUUAUUAAUAAAAUAGAAGAAAUAAAUGAAGACAAUGAAAAAAUGUUCUCUUCUACCGAAGAACCCAUUUUUGAUGAAAAGGAUAAAAUAGGCGAAGGAGGCCAUGGUGUAGUUUAUCGGGGUAAGCAUAAAAAACGAGAUGCGGCAGUUAAAAAAUUAAUUUUAACUAACGAUGCCAAAAGACAAGAAAUAAGGAAUGAAAUCAAUAUCCUUAAAAAAUUAAGAGAUAGGAACAUAAUUCAAUACUAUGGAGUUUAUUAUAGGGAUAAGCAAAUUUUAAUUAUUAUGGAUUAUGCGGAAGGCGGUUCUUUAAAGAAGCUUAUUGACGAUAAUAAGAACAGAGGACAUGAUUGA